CCUACACCUACUCCUACACCUACUCCUACUCCAACUCCAACACAUACACCUACUCCUACACCUACUCCUACUCCGACUCCGACUCCAACAAUGUCGACAACCACGAAAACAUCAGUAGCAGGAAGUUCGGACAGGUUUCCAGUUGAAGUAGUUGCAAUCAGCGUCGUGGCUGCAGUUCUGUUGAUUGUGGUUCUUAUUUGCGCAGUUUGUUGUGGCAUAAGUCGGAGAGAACAGCAUCCUUACAAGCGACACGAUGACAAGAACAACGCCUACGUCAGCAGGACCCUGACGCCGACGUCGUCCACCCAGGUAGAAGAUGGACCCGUCGACCCGACCCAAACGAAUAUACAAUACGUCGAUUUCCCGUCCGACGGAGAAGAGGGUAUAGUCAAUAGCGCCGUGGUAGUGAAGUCGGAGGACACGCGCACAGAUUUCACCCUUGUCGACGAGGUGGUUGCUGGGGAUGAGGAGGUCGAUAUUGAAGGCAUGUACGCCACCGUCAACAAGUCCAGCGUACGCUCGAAACGGCCUUACGUCAACAUGGCCGACGUCGACCAAUCAGAAAGCGCGCCCGAUUUGGCCGACCAAUCGGAAAGCGCACCCGAUUUGGCCGACCAAUCGGAAAGCGCGCCCGAUUUGGCCGACCAAGCGGAAAGCGCGCCCGAUUUGGCCGACCAAUCGGAAAGCGCACCCGAUUUGGCCGACCAAUCGGAAAGCGCGCCCGAUUUGGCUGAGCAGUCAGAAAUGUCUGUGUACGGAGUCGAUUCCAUCAAAAAUGAAAACGCGUCGGUUUCGUUUCUGUCUAUUUAAACUACAUCAUAACAUGUUUAUCGAUUUAAACUACAUCAUAACAAGUUUAUCGAUUUAAACUACAUAUAACAUGUCUAUCGAUUUAAAAAUAUAUAUAUUUAAAAAAUAAUAAUAAUAAAAUAUAAUAACCAA